CCCGAAAACCACAACCACAGCCACGACCAGCGCUGGCGUAGCAUGCAAAGCCCCUCGACUGUCGAACCACCUUCUAUCCGAACUCGGCCAAUUACCCCGGAGAGUGGAAGAUGAAUUGAUUGCACCCGGUGGACGCAUUGUUGAACAGGUGUAGCAGUAACAACAGCAGACCGCGGUAGCAGCGAAGCACCUGUGACGACCCCGUUCGACCGACCCGACCACCACGGCGACCCCAUCCCGUCAUCAGCGCCAGCGAUCGAGCUAGGGAAAAUGGGGAACAACCCCUCCACCUCCAGAGACUCCAAGACCCCGAAUCCGCAAUCCUCCUCCUCCUUCUCUCAAUCGCAGUCUCAGCACCAGUCGCUGGCUUCCAUCCAAAAUGACUCUGCCAGAGCAGUGAAGCGCGAUACCAAGCACCCUAUACCGGUCCCAAAUCAGCGAGUCGCUGCCCCUCCUGAGCCCUCCUUGACCCAGGCCCAGGGCACCGCCGUCCAGCCGCCCUCAACCACCGCUCGUCCCAAGUCGCUGCACUCGCGAAUGCCACCUUCUCAGAGCGGCUCGCCGGGCUCGUCGGUGCCUACCAGCUCUGCCACCCCUACCAAACCUGUCGAAGUAAGACAGCCGAGACCCGAAGACAGCCAUGAGCCCGCGAAACCUGUAGCCGUGCCCGCACCCUGCCACGCCUCGUCGUGCUCACCUAGGUCGCCGGUGCGAUCACCGCUAUCAGAGAGAUCGGAUGCCUUUGAGACUGCGGCUAUGCAGCUGAGCAGUCUGCAAGAUGUCUCGUACCUGACCAGGCCGCCGCGACUACCUCUGCCGAUUGAGGAAGAGGUCCACACACCCGGAUCGCCUAUCAUUGCCCCGACCGACAUUGGGGUCCCACUCGAGGAUGCCGACACUUUCACCGCGCUCACCAGACGCUCUUCCAACUUGAGUAACAGCUCAACUCUGGACGAAGAAGACACGGAGGAGCUACGGGUGGACAAGACUAGACCGACUGUCCCCACCAGGCUCGAAUGGCUCCGUGGCGGCGAGAAGGUUUACGUGACAGGCACUAUUUUCCAGUGGAACAGGAAGACACGAUUACACCCGGUUGAGGGCCGACCGGGUGUAUUCGCUGCUACCAUCAAUAUCCUGCCGGGCACACAUCACGUUCGCUUUCUGGUUGACGGGCAGAUGCAGACCUCGCCAGACUUGCCGACCACGGUAGACUUUGGCAACAACCUGGUCAACUACAUCGAGGUCAGCCCUGAUGAUGUGGGGCGCACCGCUGCCCAGGCAGCUGCUGCAAGCGCCGCCAAGGAUUCCCAGCAACCUACGGAGCCCAAAACCUCCGCGUCCGAGACGGAGGAAAGCAAGGCACCUAGGGACCGACCUGUCCCUCCGGCGGAGCUGUUCGAGAACAAGAUCCCGCAAUAUCUACUCGACUUCGAUGCACCCGAGGAAAGUCCACCUUACCUAAGCGCUGUCAACGCCAUCGAGAAACUCCCAACGCCGCCUGCGCUUCCUGGCUUCCUCGGCAAGCCCAUCCUCAACGCGGCCACCUUGAUUAAGGAUGACAACAGCGUUCUGAACAUGCCCAACCAUACCGUUCUUAACCAUCUAGCUACUAGCAGUAUUAAGAAUAAUAUUCUGGCUGUGUCGGCCACGACGAGAUAUAAGAACAAGUAUGUGACGACAAUCAUGUACAAGCCAACAACGACAGAGGGCAUCUGAGUUUGGAAUGCUAGUAGUCAGAGCUGGGUACCAGUUGGCUGGUGGCUACCACACUAGACGAACAGCGCAAGUCAUGAGUAGAAUAGCGGUGCAUUAUGAACCGCCCAGUAUGACCUAUUCUAGAUAUGUCUACAAGUAAUGUCUAUAAGACGCUGUAGCGAUGACGAGGACACUUUAU